AUGCGCGGCUGUGUGAAUAACUACGAUCCUACAUAUCCCGUUCACAAGCGGCAUAUAUGCCCCUUCUGCAAGAAAGUCUACGUCCUAAAAACUCUGCUGAAGAAACAUAUGCAGUUCGGCUGCAAGAUGAAUUCGCGUAGCGCGCAGUUUGCCUGCACCUUCUGUCCUUACAAGAGCAUGUACAAGGCCAAUACCGAGAGACACGUGAGAAAUGUUCAUAACACUGGCGGCCUUAAGUUCCGUUGCGAGCUCUCUUCGUUACGGUAUGGUAGCCAUAUGUGUAAAACACCAUAUGGCUAUGAUAUCAAUAAUGUGCGGCGCCAACAACAGAACAAUGAUGGAUCACAUGAUAAGGCUUACGUGUGCACGAAUUGCAGUAGGGCCUAUACGUUGAAGAAAUCCCUUUGGAAGCAUCAAAAAUAUGAAUGUGUGAAUCCGAAACUGAGGUUUAGCUGCGAAAUGUGCUCGUACAAAACCCCGUAUAAAUGGAGCAUUGACCAGCACACCAAAAAACAUUACAGUUCUUACCGGAAGAUGUACAUGGGUGAUCAGGUACUCGGCUACACCUGUACCAUGUGCAGCAAGUUCUACAAGAUGUGGAGCAACUACUUGAAGCACAAGUGUGAGCCGCCACAAUUCAAGUGCCCACUGUGCCCGUUUGCCGCAUUCAAAGCCUUCAUCUUGCACGCCCAUCAGGCCGAGCAACAUUUCAAAGUUACCUCGCCGAAUACAUAA